AUGACGUGUCGGCGGUGGAAUCAAGUGACGCGGAGCGUGCCUGCGCUGUGCCUGGGAUCGAGUGCCGGAGGCGCGGCUGCUGCUAACCAGGCGCCCUACUUGACUUUUGAGCAAGAUAGCACCAGCGGCGGCGCUUCCGCGCAAUCCCCCCCGCCCCGCCAUCCGCGGGAGUUCAUCUUCGAGGCGUGGACGCGCCACGUCGGGCCGUCUCUGCACUCACUCACCCUCUCCCGCGCUCUUCCCCCCACGAAUUCCGCAAAGCGCCCUCGCGGCAACGGCACCAGCGGCCGCAGCGGCGGCGACGGAGGCGGCGGGAGCGUGGUGGUGACACCAAACCUGUGGGAGGAGGAGGACGCGAGUAUGCACCUCGCACACAUUUCCCGCCACUGCACCAACCUGCGGUCGCUCUCAUUGGCCCACGUGUCCCUCUCCGCGCCGUCCCUGCUCGCCACUCUCAAGCCCAUGCCGGCCCUGCAGCACCUCUCGUUCUCGUGGCUCCACGCAUCCCCCACCGCGCUUCACACCGUGCUUGACGCCGCGCCGAAUCUCCGCCACCUCACGAUUUUCAUGGCAUCGGGUUUCCCUUACCUAGAGCUGCGCCUUCCUCCGUCCCUCCAGCACCUCUCGCUCUCCUACAUCCGCGCGGACUCCAUCACGCUUCUCUCCGCGCGCUCCCUCCAAUCCCUCUCGAUCCGCGACAUGUUUCUCAGCGCACUCACCAUCCGCGACGCGCCAAACCUGCGCCAACUCUCCGUCGCCUCCGCCAACUGCCUGCUCGUCUCCGCGCCUCACUCCAGCCUGCUCGCGUCAAUCGACCUCCGCGCGGGCUCGCUCAACUGGCCUGCCACCGAAACCCUAAUUUCAACCAAUCGGGCUGCGCUCGAGACGCUCUCCCUCGACUUUUUCGCCACCACGGCACCAGCAUCAGCAGCUCUCGCCCCUCCCACACCCACCAAGUGCGACAUGUCGGUGGGCGAAUGGCGGUACUCGAAGAACUACCCGCGUUACGUCACCUGCCCGUACGUACGCUCCAUAUUCAACUGCCGCGGCAACGGCCGCAAGGACCAGCUGUACGAGAAGCAGCGGUGGGUGCCGGACAAGUGCAGUCUGCCUCGGUUCAGCGCCAAGGCGUUUCUGGCCAUGAUGCGGGGAAAGACGGUGGGGUUUGUCGGGGACUCGCUUAUGAGCAACAUGUGGGAGAGCUUCGUGUGCCUGCUGUACGCUAGUGGCGUCAAUCUCAAGCUGGUCCAAAAGCGUUACGGUGGUUACCGCUACGUGGGGUUCUAUAUUCCGACAUCCAACACCACAAUAGUGUACCGCUUCUCGGCGUACCUCAUGCGGGCAGUUACGAAUUCCACGAAAACUGCAAGCGGCCGAGGCAAACACGGUUACAACGUUGAAUUGGAUGUCAUCGACCCUGCGCUAAUGGGAGGUGUCACUAACAUGGAUGUUGUCGUGCUGACAAGUGGCACGUGGUGGCAGGCGAAUGUGCCUGGGAGGGCACAGUCAAACGUGUAUAGGAUCAAGGGACAGCAGGUGUAUCUCAAGGACCUAAAUGCGCAUAAAUAUUCGCUCAACGUUCUGCGGAACUUCCUCGGACAAUUUAG